AUGCAGAGAACCCCGAGGAGGCAGAUCCUUCUGCGGCCCAGCAGGAGGGCAGAACCUUCUGCAGCCCGACACGAGGCUGAGGAUGAGCAUGCAGAGACCCCAGAGGAGGCAGAUCCUUCAGCGGCCCAACAGGAGGCUCAGGCUGAGCAUGACCAGACCACCGAGGAGGCAGAACCUUCUGCAGCCCGACACGAGGCUGAGGAUGAGCAUGCAGAGACCCCAGAGGAGGCAGAUCCUUCAGCGGCCCAACAGGAGGCUCAGGCUGAGCAUGAACAGACCACCGAGGAGGCAGAACCUUCUGCAGCAAGACACGAGGCUGCGGUUGAGCAUGAACAGACCACCAUGGAGGCAGAACCUUCUGCAGCCCAACAGGAGGCUCAGGCUGACCAUGAAUAG